GGAAGAGUUGGGCUUCCUGUGUUAAUGUUGGAGGAGAACAACAUGGCUGCGUCAAUAGAAUGUGCAGAUCGAGAUCAACGAGGAGUUGUUUUACGUGUAAAAAGAAAAAGAACUGACGAUCCUGUUGAAGCAUUAGUUGUUUCUCAUGUUAUUCCUGCAAAGAAAGCUCAUCUAACAGACGAAGAACCAGAGGACAAAUCGAAAACUACCGACAAAAGUGGAAACGUCAAAGUUGACCAGUUAUUUCGAUUUCUUGGGACGUGCAACGAAGACGAUAGCACCAAAAGUAAAGAUAUUCUGAAAAAUAUCAAAACAAAACCAAUAAGUCAUGGGAAUCCCAAGAAAGGUGCCAAAGGAAUAACAGAACAGUUACAGAAAAAGCAGAGAGAAGCAAAAAAAGAAUCACAUAGUGAUGCCAGGUUUAAAAUCUUAAGCAAUAAUCGUUACGACAAUGAACCAACGUCUAGUAACAAAGAUUCAAAUGCAAACAAAAAACCAGAAGUAUCAGAAUUGAAGAGGACAUCAUCAGAUGAUUCUGCUGAUUCUGCUGAUGACGAAGUCAGAAGAUUAUUCAAAGUUUAUGAUGUCAUCAGAGAUGAAGAAAAUAAAAAAAGUGGACAGGCCUCUGCCUCUACAACAUCAUCAAAACCAAGCGAACCAGAAGAUACAAAUGUCAUCCUUUGCAAUUCUGUGAAGAUGAUUAGAGAGAAACUUGCUGUUUCUGAAGGAAGCAGGCCUGUUAACAUAGCAGAGAAAGGCUAUGUAUAUGACUUUUACUAUGCACCAAGCAGCCAGAAUGAUCUGGGAGAUAUACUUGAAAUAACAGGUGUGAACAAUGAUUUGUUUCUGGAGACAAUUGACCGAGAGUUUGAGGAAAUGUUUGAUGAUGAAGAUGAUUCUAAUGAUGAGAACAAUUGGCGUAACGAUUACCCCGAUGAAGGACUGUGGUCAUCAGAUGAUGAGGAUUCAAAAACAAAGACAAGACAAUGUUUAGAUGAAGACUUUGGUUUCGAUAUGGAUGAUGAUCCAACAAAGUAUCACAAGCAAGCAUUUGGCGAGGACUUAUCAAGUGAUGACGAUGAACUGGAUUAUUAUGGUGAACCUUGCACACUAUCCUCAAGGAAAGAGGCUUAUCAAGAAAAUCUAAGCGAUGAUUUCGAGUCGGAAGGAUUUUAAGAAAACAAGUUGAUCAUCUGUGAUAAUAACAGAAUGUCAUCGUUAAAAUAAUGAUAACCUCAAGCUAAUUAAUUUGCUUGAAUAAUCAGACGAGUCUAGCAAGCUCAAGAUUAGUUUUGGGUCGCAAACGGAAGAAUAUUUUGUAUUUCCUAUAUUAAAAAAUCCUACGAACAUCUCUA